AUGACUUUGGGUCAGUAUCCGAAUAAUACAAUGACCUUGGGUCGGUAUCCGAAUAAUACAAUGACUUUGGGUCGGUAUCCGAAUAAUACAAUGACUUUGGGUCGGUAUCCGAAUAAUACAAUGACCUUGGGUCGGUAUCCGAAUAACGCAAUGACCUUGGGUCGGUAUCCGAAUAAUACAAUGACUUUGGGUCGGUAUCCGAAUAAUACAAUGACCUUGGGUCGGUAUCCGAAUAACGCAAUGACCUUGGGUCGGUAUCCGAAUAACACAAUGACCUUGGGUCGGUAUCCGAAUAACGCAAUGACCUUGGGUCGGUAUCCGAAUAACACAAUGACCUUGGGUCGGUAUCCGAAUAACGCAAUGACCUUGGGUCGGUAUCCGAAUAACACAAUGACCUUGGGUCGGUAUCCGAAUAACGCAAUGACCUUGGGUCGGUAUCCGAAUAAUACAAUGACCUUGGGUCGGUAUCCGAAUAAUACAAUGACCUUGGGUCGGUAUCCGAAUAAUACAAUGACCUUGGGUCGGUAUCCGAAUAAUACAAUGACCUUGGGUCGGUAUCCGAAUAAUACAAUGACCUUGGGUCGGUAUCCGAAUAAUACAAUGACCUUGGGUCGGUAUCCGAAUAAUACAAUGACCUUGGGUCGGUAUCCGAAUAAUACAAUGACCUUGGGUCGGUAUCCGAAUAAUACAAUGACCUUGGGAAGGUAUCCGAAUAAUACAAUGACCUUGGGUCAGUAUCCGAAUAAUACAAUGACCUUGGAUACCUGA